AUGCCUUCCAACCAGAUGAGCAAGUCGGAUGCUUCCCGCAUCCAGUCCACCCAAGCCCAAGGUGGAAAAGAUAUGAGCUCUGGUGGCUUUGCUGCUCGAGCUCAAGGAGCUGCCGAUCGCAAUGCCAGCACUGCAGAAUCCAGCACCCGUUCCUCUCAGGGCCCGUCAUCGGGAACGCACCAAAGUGGCCAGCAGUCCACUCCCGGAAAGAGAUGA